AUGCGCAUUAAACUUGAUUCCGUUAGCUGUCAGUAGAAUGUUUUCCUCCAAACCCUAAACCAACCUCUGCUCCGCCACCGCCGACCAGCUCCUUAAAUGUACCCGGAGUCAAGAAGAAAGGACACACUCCGGACUUUUGGAGUUUUAAAACAACAAAAAUGUCCAUAGCGAACUGUUUUCGGAGACUUGGGGUGUGUGAGUACAAACUCGGACUCUACCGUCGCUGCCAGACGCACUGACGAUAACGUACUAUCAGCUUCUGAAGUUACGGAGCUUUUUAAAAGUUGGCACCGUCCUACAGGAAGAGUAAUAUCUAUUUUUGGGUUUUGUACAUGACAGUAACGAAAGUGGAGCAUUUGUAAGUAACCAUUAACUAUGGUGGCCACUUUAACCAGCAGUGUGGUGUAGAAACCGGAGUGAAACAGGAUUUACAGGAGCAGGGCGGGGAGCCCGGCUGCUCCGUUGCGAUGGGCAACCGCGGGAUGGAGGAUCUGAUCCCGCUGGUCAACCGGCUCCAAGAUGCCCUGAGCACCGUGGGACAGAGCUACUGCCUCCACCUGCCGCAGAUAGCUGUGGUGGGCGGCCAGAGUGCGGGCAAGAGCUCAGUGCUGGAGAACUUUGUGGGCAGAGAUUUCCUUCCACGGGGUUCAGGAAUCGUCACUCGCAGACCUUUAGUUCUCCGACUGCUAAGUGCUAAGACUGAGUACGGUGAAUUUUCCCAUUGUAAGGGAAAGAAGUUCACAGACUUUAAUGAGAUCUGCAAAGAGAUUGAGGCAGAGACAAACAGACUCAUAGGAUCCAACAAAGGCAUCUCUUCUGCCCCCAUCAACUUAAAGAUUUAUUCACCACAUGUAUUGAACCUGACUCUUGUGGACUUACCUGGCAUCACCAAGGUGCCCGUAGGCGACCAGCCGGCAGACAUAGAAUACCAGAUACGAGACAUGAUCAUGCAGUACAUCUGUAAGGAAAACUGUCUCAUCCUGGCUGUCACGCCAGCCAACACUGACCUGGCCAACUCUGAUGCGCUGAAACUGGCCAAAGAUGUUGACCCACAGGGCCAGCGCACAAUUGGUGUAAUCACUAAACUGGACCUGAUGGAUGAAGGAACAGAUGCCCGGCAAAUACUAGAGAACAGGUUGCUUCCCCUACGCAGAGGUUACAUCGGGGUGGUGAACCGCAGUCAGAAGGACAUUGACGGGAAGAAGGAUAUUAAUGCGGCCCUGCUUGCAGAGAAGACGUUUUUUCAGACCCAUUCGGCUUACAGACACAUGGCUGAAAGAAUGGGCACCCCAUAUUUGCAAAAAAUACUUAACCAGCAAUUGACAAACCACAUCCGGGACACUCUGCCAGCCUUCCGCAGUCAUCUGCAGAGCCAGCUCCUGGCCUUGAACAAAGAGGCUGAAGAGUACACACACUAUAGUCCUGAUGACCCUGCACGCAGGACCAAGACAAUGCUACAGUUAGUUCAGCACUUGGCUGUCGACUUUGAGAAACUGAUCGAGGGCUCAGGCGACAAAGUAGACACAGCUAAUCUGUCAGGAGGUGCUAAAAUCAACCGAAUCUUCCAUGAGCGCUUCCCCUAUGAACUAGUCAAGAUGGAGUCAGAUGACAGGAAGCUGCGGCGGGAGAUCAACUAUGCCAUCAGGAACAUCCAUGGUGUCAGGACAGGCCUGUUCACUCCUGAUAUGGCCUUUGAAGCCAUAGUGAAGAAACAAAUGUCAAGGCUAAAGGGGCCGUGUAUUCAGUUUGUUGAGAUGGUCAGUCGAGAACUCAUCGCCACUGUUGGCCAGUGUAUCAGUGAGCUGAGUUCCUUUCCCAAACUGCAAAAUGAGACAGAGAGAAUCGUAACCACUGAAAUCCGAGAGCAAGAGGGUAAAUGCAGGGAUCAGGUCUUGUUGCUCAUUGACAUACAGCUCGCCUACGUUAAUACCAAACAUGAAGAUUUCAUUGGCUUCACUAACGCCCAGCACACGUAUAACCACAGCAACAAGAAGACCGUUGCAGGGACUACAGGAAACCAUGGUGUGGCCCCUCCUUCAAGACUAAUAGUGAUACGCAAGGGCUGGCUGACCAUCAGUAACAUCGGCAUCAUGAAAGGUGGAGCCAAGGAAUACUGGUUCAUCCUCAGUGCAGAGAGCCUGUCCUGGUUCAAGGAUGAUGAGGAGAAGGAGAAGAAAUACAUGCUUCCUCUGGACAACCUGAAGCUCAGAGACGUGGAGAAGGGCUUCAUGUCCAGCAAAUUUGUCUUUGCUAUCUUCAACACAGAGUUAAGGAACGUGUACAAGGACUACAGAUGCCUGGAGUUGGCCUGCGACUCUCAGGAGGAGUUGGACAGCUGGAAGGCUUCUCUGCUGCAGGCCGGAGUCUACCCCGAGAAAAUCACCGUGGACGGGCAGGGAAACGGAGCUCCUGAGAACUUCACUGACCCUCAGCUGGAGCGUCAGGUGGAAACCAUUCGUAGCCUUGUCGACUCCUACAUGAGCAUCAUCUAUAAGACCGUCAAGGACUUAAUGCCAAAGACCGUGAUGCACCUCAUGAUCAACAGCGUGAAGGAGUUCAUUAGCUCUGAGCUGCUGGCGCAGCUCUACGCUCUGGGAGAAUGCUCAGCGCUGAUGGAUGAGUCACCGGAGCAGCAGCGGCACCGGGAGGAAGUGCUCCGCCAGCACGCCGCCCUGAAGGAGGCGCUCGAUGUCAUUGGAAAGUUCUCCACCUCCACCUGCACUACCCAUCUUCCUCCACCUGUGGACUCCUCCUGGAUACAGCCCCCCAGUCCAAAACUCCUUGGGAAGUCAGCGACCACUGGCACGCCAGCAAAUCGAGGCCCUGCACCAUCUGCCCCUCGGGUGCCCACUCACACCGCCUCCCAGAGCGCUGACGGCCUUCAGCAGCCCACUCGCCAACCCCACCGUCCUCCACCGAGUGUGCCAAGGAGGCAACCUCCAGCAAUUCCAAACGUGAAAUAACCGUCCUUUCUGCUCAGAACUCCAUUACCCAUCUACCCCAGUGAUCCUUCCAGCUGCAGCUCACUGCUGCCCAGAGACACUCAUGACCUGUGUGAUGUGUAAUCCAGCUGAAGCACUUCGCUGGGCUGCUCUCGAUCUCCUCUGGGAGCUGCUGUCUGCAAAAUUCACUGAGUCUUGAGCCUGUUUUGUACAUAUUAUCACGGCCAUAAAUGCCGGAAUGUGCUCGACUGUCUGCAGACUUUCCUCAAGUGCCUGAACGUUGUGUAAAUAGAAAAAACUAAUUUGAGUUAUUCUGCUUAAAGAGAAUGCACAUACAGUAUUUUCACUGUUUUUAAAUAAACAGGUUUUAUUUUUGAAUAUG